AUGGGUUGUGGAUCAAGCAAAGGCACAGAUGUGACAGAUUCUGCCAAGUUACAGACUCCAACACCUCAACUGAAGCCAACUCAGACUAUCACGGCGACAAAUGAGGAAGGGAAGCCCGCGACAAAACCUGAAGUGAGGGAAACCCCCGCUGCAGAGGAGCCAAUAUCAGAACCGGCUCCGACGGUCAUAGCGGCAUCGGAACCAGCUGCUGCCUCACCACCACAGACCGAGAAGUCGGAGCCGGAGCCAGAAGUAAAGAAAGAACCAGAACCUGAACAACAGCUGGAAGUAGAGAAAGAGAAAGAAUCUCAACCAGAGCCAGAAGUCGAGAAAGAGAAAGAACCUGAAGCGAAUACCCAACCAGAAAAAGAAACGGAAGAAGAAGCCGAGCCCGAAAAAGAAACGGAAGCACAGCCUGAGGCAGAGCCAGAGACGGAACAAAAGACAGAAGAAGCGACACCGGAAAUAGAACAAAAGACAGAGGAAGCAACACCGGAAGAAGAGCAAAAAACGGAGGAAGCGACACAGGACACGGAACAAAAAACAGAAGAAACAACGCAGGAAACCGAGCAAAAGCCAGAGGAAGCGAUACCAGAAGCAGAACCACAAACAGAAGAAUCGGCACCUGAAGCAGAGCCUGAAAAGGCCGAAGAACCCACCAAAGAGGCAGAAGCGGAAGCUAAAUCAGACGAGACUCCAACAGAAGAACCGGUAGCAGAAUGUGGCUCCGAUCUCCUGACGGUGCCGGUGGUUGAACCCCCUACAGAGGACAAAGCCGAACCUGCAAACCCCGGGGAUUUCAACGAGUUUGAGCAAGCGACAUUAAAAUCCCACAACGAAUGCAGGGCCAAGCAUGGCGCACCGGAAAUGAGUCUCAAAAAGGAGUUAUGCAUAGCCGCACAGGAAUAUGCGGACCAGCUAGCUUCCUCUGAAAAUGUGACUCGAUCCCCGGAAGAAAGUAGAACAAUGGAUGGAGCGGCGGUUGGAGAGAAUGUGACCAGUGGUCCUGAAACACUGACAGGUGAAGAAGCGACUUUGAUGUUUUAUGAAGAGAUUGACCAUUAUAAUUUCGAGAAACAUGGAUAUACUGAAGAUACAGGUCGUUUUACACAAUUAGUGUGGAACGAGAGUCUACACCUUGGGGUUGGCAAGGCAACCAAUCCGGAUGGCACAAAAGUUGUUGUAUGCCGGUAUUUCCCAGCAGGCAACACGGAGGGCGGUUUUGAGGAGAACGUAAAGUUAGUCUUGUAACGGACAACCGUAGGUGCGCACCUCAAAUAUCACCAUAAUAUAACUUGGGCAGAAGAAUUUCACCGUAAAUUGAAGGUAAACUGGAACACUGCAACUGAAAUCAAAGCACAUAUCCUCAUUUUAUGCUAAUUUACUUCAGGUGACUUUAUAAACAUCAAAGUAAUUCAAUCUCAGGUGAAAUUUUUCAUUUCUUAUGUAAUACGAUCAUCAGUUGUUCCAUUUAGCUAUUUUCUCUAAGGACCGUGCAUGGUCAACGAUUCUUCGUAGAAGAGAACAGUGUCUGAAAGCCAAGUGUAAGAUUAUCUGCAUAUUGUGGUGUCUUAUAUUCAGGAGCCAUAUAAUUAUGCAGAUUAAGUGCUGAAGUUCGACAAAAUCAGAAAAUGCAGUUUUGAUUAUGGUAUAUAAACAUUCUACUGUAUACGUUGCCUGUUAGGUUGGUGUAUGUGGGUAAAUGUUGACAAAUGAGAGUAUUUGGGAUGACAAAAUGUCUUUCAUUCUUGCCAUGCGUGAAAGGGGAGACUACCCGAUAGAAAAUGCUAUGGUCUUGGUGCAUGUAUUACCAUCUCGUAAACAAUGUUUUACGUAACCAUUGAUGUAAUUGUUCAGUUAAUAGUAAGUGUUAAUUGGUUACCUUACCACUUUAAAUGUAAACCAGAACUGACUGGCCAGUGGAAAUAUGUUUUCGCAAGGGGCGAGCUUAGUCUGACGUCAUCUAUAUCUGUUAUGUAGUAUUAAGAGAAAAGACAACUCGAGACCAACAUAUAUGGAUAGAUUACGUAUCACACAUGAAGAUUAAAACGCAAACCUUUCUAUUUUUGUGAUGUUGCAUAACCGAAAAAUCGCAUGUUUUUCAAAGUAACAUCCGACAUCGUGCCUCCAGUUUCGUUGACGUUGCUUAUCCGACGGCCUAGUAAGAAUUACCAAGCAUGUCAGAACAAAAUGGCAAUGGCCGUGUACGUCAGCUUCAGUCCCCUCUUCCGAGACAACUAAGAUUAUAUUACGUGUUGUCUUUUCUUUUAAGAACGCAUGGCUUUUAUAGGUUCUUCAGUGUCCGAUUCCACAAAGCGAUUUUUGCGACUUUUCAAAAUUUGAAAUUACAAUUACAACGCGUCAAAAAGGCCAAAUUGUCUGAGGUUUAACUGGACAUAAUACAUAAUGAGCGUUGAAAUCUGUUCUUCAAAAUAUUGCUGAAAUCCAAAAACCAAAAGUUUUGUGGAAUCAACCUAUAGUCUGUUCCCGAUGGCUAAGUAUACGCUUUGUACAUUUGU